UUGUGAAUUAAGUAAUCCAAAUAAACGGACAAGCCACAGUUUUCUGUCUGACAGUUAUUACCUAGUUAAUAUGAUUAUGUGUAGGGAAGGGAUGAUUUUCCUUGGAUCAAUCCUUAUCCUUUGGCAUGUUGGACAGGGACAGGAAUGUUCCAUGAUGACGAAGAAUACACACUAUUCAUGUGCUGGGAGAAAUCUGACUCAUAUUCCUGUCAGUCUUCCUCUCACUGUCACAAAUCUUGAUUUCAGUUUCAACUUCUUGAACUCUUUAACCAAACAUGUGUUUCGUUUAAUGUACGAUCUACAAGCCCUAGAUCUCACGAGAUGUCAUAUCUAUCACAUAGAAGAAGAUUCUUUCUACAAUGUGAAGAAUUUGACUACUCUAAUUCUGACUGGAAACCCUGUUACACAUUUUGGACUUGAAUGUUUUAAUGUUUUACAUAAUCUACAGCGACUAGUUCUUGUGGAUGUUGGGCUGACUUCUUUACAACUUCAUAUCAAUAAUUUAACCAAGCUACAGGAACUUAAAGUGGGAACAAAUAACAUUCAGUCCAUGACUCUCCCUUCAUUCAUGAGCACCUUCACACACUUCAGUUUACUCGAUCUACAUGCCAAUAAUAUAUCCAUCAUAAAGUCUGACCACACCGCUGUGUUACGAGAGAUUGGCAGAAAUAUGACUUUAAUACUGUGUAGGAAUCCAAUAUUACACAUAGAUCCAGGAGCUUUCAAAGACAUUUAUCUGAAAGAGCUGGACAUACGGUCUGCUUUUGUCUCAUUGAAUGCACAGAAGGAAUGUUUUAAAGCACUUGAUGGUCUCAGCAUUGAUAAACUCUUUAUAGGAAAAUACAGAAUGGAAAGGAAAAUUGAGGUGACAGAUCCCAAUUACCUGGAUGGUCUUUGCUCAAUUAAUUUCAAUGAAUUAUAUUUUCUUCAGAAAGAAUUCUCCAUUUCUGAAGUGCAUGUGUUCAAAUGUAUGGUUAAUGCAACCAAAAUCACAGUGAAAAAAGGAUAUUUACAUAACAUGAAAUAUGUUUCUUUUCACCAUCUUAAGGAACUUUAUUUAGGAGCCACUAGUUUAUCUGUCAUUCCAUUUCUUUCAGGCAUACAUAGCUUAGAAAAGCUGGUGGUGAAAAAUAUCAUACCAAUGACAUUUCUUGGUGUUGCUGACUUGCCUCUUCUUCGACAUGUAGAUCUAAGUGGAAACCUGUUAAAUCUGAAAGACUGCUGUUCCAUUUUUUUUCAAAGGUGUCCGAAUAUUAGGCACAUGAAUCUUAGUCGCAACUCAGAGAUAGGAAUGGCCGGUACACCUUUUUCUGGAUUUGAUCUGCUCGAAGUGUUGGACUUCCACCACACAAAACUGCUGAUAGUUUUUUACUUUUUAGAAGGUCUUCAAAAUGUACAGUAUCUGGAUAUUUCCUACACGAGUAUUACUUUCUCAAACCACAUUAAUUUUCAUGACCUGGGGAAGCUGACGGUGCUCAAAAUGAAAGGAAACAGUUUCCGUGGAGACACGUUGAGUAAUCUGUUACAGAAUCUCAUAAAUUUGGAGGUUCUUGACAUUUCACAUUGUGGCAUAGAGAAAAUUUCUAGGACAUCUUUGAAGGGCAUGCAGAAAUUACGUCAUUUGUAUUUAAGUCAAAACAAGCUGAUGGUUUUGGACUUUCUUGUCCUGCCAGACCUGAAACAACUUGCAUCGGUUUACGUUGAUAAAAACAGCAUUACUAGUAUUUCAAUUGAUGUUCUCCAGAAGUUACCCACAAACCUUUCAGUGUUCGACUUGUCCUCUAAUCCCAUCGAAUGUUCCUGUGCUCACACAGAUUUUAUUUUGUGGAUUAUCGAACAUCAAGGAAUUUUGGAGCAGCCGCAAAACAUAUUAUGUAAAUCCUUUUCAGCAAGCUCAGAUUUUCCAGCUAUUGAUUUUGACAUUAACAGGUGUGUGUACAACACAAGACUCACAGUUAUUUUAUUGAUCUGUUGUGUGAUAGCAGGAACAGUUUUAUCAGCUGUGGUUUAUAGAUUCCAGUUUCAUCUGAAAUACUGCUGUAUACUACUGAAAGGUUAUAAGUUACCCAAACAACAAGAAUGUUCCUAUGAUGCCUUUGUGAUUUUCUCAAGCUAUGAUGAAAUGUGGGUUAUGAAUGAACUGGUGGAAAAUCUGGAGAACGGUGUUCCACCUGUUCACCUUUGCCUUCACAUGCGAGACUUUGAACCCGGCAAAUCCAUCGCCUCCAACAUUAUAGAUGAAGGAAUAAUGGGUAGCCAGAAGGUGAUUGUGGUGGUGUCUCAACACUUCAUUGAUAGUGCCUGGUGUCGCUUUGAGUUUGAAUUAGCUCAGUCCUGGUUUGUGAUGGAACGAAAUGCCAACAUCAUCAUCAUCAUUCUGGAAGAUGUGCAGGAGAGAAAAACGAAAAAAGUGUUUGGUCUUCAUAAACAUCUGAAAAAGAACACAUACCUGAAAUGGAGCAGAGAUCCUCUGAGUAACAUGAGAUUUUGGAUUCGACUUCGGAAAGCUGUCACAAAGUAA